AUGAACUGGAGGUUUAUUGAGGUCAUCUGCUUCCUGUUUAUAUGGGACCAUAUAACAGUUCAGUCUUCCCGCCAGGACCCGUUGGCCACUGAACAACAUGUCACCAAGCAAUAUGACUGGCUCAUCUCUGACCGUGGACCUUUCCACCACUCUCGGAGUUAUCUGUCCUUUGUGGAAAGAUUCCGCCAAGGAUUUACGACCAGAUAUAAAAUUUAUAGGGAAUUUGCACGUUGGAAGGUGAGGAACACAGCGAUUGAGAGACGGGACCUGAUCCGGAACCCGGUGCCACUCAUGCCUGAGUUCCAGCGCAGCGUGCGCUUGCUGGGCCGCAGACCCACGACUCAGCAGUUCAUCGACACCAUCAUUAAGAAAUAUGGGACCCACAUUCUCAUCUCAGCCACGCUGGGAGGAGAGGAGGCUCUGACUAUGUAUCUGGCCAAAAACAAGCUGGACAGGAAGCUUGCCAACGCUACUCAGAACGUGGAAGCCCUUCAUCAGCUGGCCUCGUCCUACUUCAUUGACCGUGAUGGCACGAUGAGGAAGCUGCAUGAGAUCCAAAUAUCCACCAAUGCCAUCAAGGUGACGGAGACACGGACGGGGCCGCUGGGAUGCAGUAGCUAUGACAAUCUGGACUCAGUUAGCUCAAUCCUUCUGCAGAGCCCCGAGAGCAAGCUUCAUCUGCAAGGUCUUCAGGUUAUUUUCCCAGAGUACCUGCAGGAGAAAUUUGUCCAGUCAGCUCUGAGCUACAUCAUGUGCAAUGGAGAGGGGGAGUACGUGUGCCAUGACAACCAGUGCAUCUGUCAGUGCGCCGACGAGUAUCCCCAAUGUAACUGUCCCAUCACCGACAUCCAGAUUAUGGAGAACACCCUGUUGGGGAUGUCUGAGUCCUGGGCGGCCUCUUAUAAAGACUUUGAGAACUCUGAUGAGUUUAAGUCCUUCCUGAAGAGGUUGCCCUCCACUCACUUUCUGCCCAUCAGCAGUGUGCAUCUCCUGUGGGGCAGCGACUGGGACCUUCAGGCCCGCUACAGGCUCCUUCAGAGCUCCCUGGAGAUCCAGCGGCUCAAGAUUCAGCGCACCGCCCGCAAGCUCUUUGGCCUCAGCAUCCGUUGUCACCACAACCCAAACCACCAGAUACCAAGGGAAAGGUCUGUGAUGCAGUGGCUGAACAGGGUUCAGUCCUUCCUCUACUGCAAUGAGAACGGGUUCUGGGGGACCUUCCUGGAGAGCCAAAGGACAUGCGUGUGCCACACGGGUGUCACCCUAUGCCAGCGACCCAUCCCAUGUGUCAUAGGUGGAAACAACAGCUGUGCUAUGUGCAGCCUAGCCAACAUCUCUCAAUGUGGCUCCUGCAACAAAGGCUACAAGUUGUACCGUGGUCGCUGUGAGCCUCAGAAUGUGGACUCAGAACGUAGUGAGCAGUUCAUCAGCUUUGAAACUGAUCUGGACUUUCAGGACCUGGAACUCAAAUACCUGUUACAGAAAAUGGAUUCGCGGCUGUACAUUCACACUACUUUCAUCAGUAAUGAGAUCCGGCUAGAGACCUUCUUUGACCCCCGAUGGCGCAAACGCAUGUCCCUGACUCUCAAAAGUAACAAAAAUCGGAUGGACUACCUCCACAUGAUAAUCGGUCUAUCUAUGAAGAUCUGCCAGAUGCGAAACAGCAGUAUUGACCCCAUGUUCUUUGUUUAUGUCAACCCAUUCAGUGGUAGCCACUCAGAAGGCUGGAGCAUGCCAUUUGGGGAACAUGGCUACCCACGCUGGGAAAAAGUGCGACUGCAGAACUCCCAGUGCUUCAACUGGACUCUCCUGCUGGGCAACCGGUGGAAGACCUUCUUUGAGACGGUGCACAUCUACCUGCGUAGCCGUGCUAAGAUUCCAACUGGCCUACGCAAUGACACAGGACAGGGUCCUGUGGAUCUUGCAGACCCUAACAAGCGGCAGAUCUACAUAAAAAUAUCUGAUAUCCAAGUGUUCGGCUACAGCCUGCGCUUUAAUGCCGACCUGCUCCGCAGUGCUGUGCAGCAGGUUAACCAGUCAUACACACAAGGAACUCAGUUCUACUCAUCCUCAUCUGUUAUGCUCCUGUUACUGGACAUUAGGGAUCGGAUUAACCGCCUUGCCCCUCCAUCUGCACCUGGCAAACCCCAGCUGGACCUCUUCUCUUGUAUGCUAAAGCAUCGGCUCAAGCUCAACAACAGCGAGAUGAUUCGAGUAAAUCAUGCCUUGGACAUGUACAGCACAGAGAUACUAAAACAAUCAGAUCACCUGACUGCUAAACUCUGUUGA